GGAGGUCUGAUGGUAAACUUGAAGCUAUUGAAAGCAUGGUUAACUUCAAGAGAAACGACUGUUUGGGCCAUCCGCUGGUUAUACGGUUCUUAAACGAGAAAAUGAACUCUUCCAGAAUUCUAAUAUGCUUUGUUCUCAAUUUUGUACUAUACACCACAUUCCUGCUUGCUUUAACAACAUAUGGCGCCAUUCAAAGUCAAGGUAAUAAGAAAGGAAGCAAAAAUGCUUGUACAUGUUUUCAUUUUAACUUUCCCCGAAAAAUAUUAAAAAUAUAUGUCUUUACCCUGCAUGUUUUGACCCCAAUCUUUAAUAGUGUUCAUGCGUUUAAACCCACAAUAUAAUUCACCUACUGUAAUUAGCGUAACUAUACUUAACUUUUAAAACUCAACCAACCGAUUCAAUCAGCCUUUCUCACGCAGCCAUUUUUGGGGUACUGUAAUUUUCCGUAAACGAUUAUAACAAUGCGGAAAGCAAUAUUUCAGAACAAAAUAACUAUUUACAGGGUAAAUUUAUCAUCGAUCAUACACCCACAAAAUUAUAAAAUGUCGCAGUUAUGCAAAAAAGUACCCCAAAAAUGGCGGCGUGAGAAAGCGUACCGCUUAGUAGUAUCACCGUUAUCUAGCUUUUACUUCCGCUUGAGACUUUUGACUUCCGCCUGGGUCAAACAUUUUUUUAGUGAAGGGGGCAUUCGUCUUUUUUUGCGACAGUUACAGUUGGUUUCUUUGGUUGCGGUGAGUUGGGUCGAUACAAUUUUCGUGUUGUGGUUAGAAAUGGUGGUCUUGACAUUCUUCAUGCAAAUGUAACUAGUCUUGAUUGAAUUGCGGUUGAAAAUCUUGUUUGUCAUAAGUUGAAGAAAAAAAAAUUACGAAUGUUUGCUGUUACGUUUUUGCUGUAAAGGCGGUUUUCCAGUCCUUGCACAAAGUUCCUCGCAGCUCGCUGCGAGUUCUUGCAUCUAAUUAAAAUUAACUGUUUAGCAUUGUGAUUGGAUGAAAGUGCUCAUGCAUGCACUCGCAGCGAGCUGCGAGGUGCUUCGUCCGAGGACUGGAAAUCCGCCUUAAAAUGGGUUAAACCAUAUUACGUUUCUGUAUUUUAUGGGUUUAGGUUGGCUUGUACAAUUUGUGUUGCGUUGCAUUGUAAAUUAAAAUCAUAAUUACUGUGCAAUGUAAUGCAUUCUCGUAUAGGUUGGGGCUGAUUGAGCAUUUGCUGAUCAGAGUGAUCAGAGUAUAGAUUGUAAUUAAAGGCUGGUAGAUGGUUCGAGCGACUGUCAAUGUCAUUUAAGUUCAUUAAUGGGGAUUUUCUAUAUGGUUGGUUGUAGAGGUGUGCAAAUCCGAUCCGAUCGGAUUCGUUCGGAAUUCGGAACAAAAUAUACAUUUCAGAUCGCACAUGUAUUUCUUGCUUUUAUAUUUUUUUGGUUAAAUAUUUCAACUUGAAUGAGAAAUUUAAUUUAUUAAAGGAUUCUUCAGAUCGGAUCGGAAUUCUUUAUCAAAUAUCGGAUCGGAUUAGACAAUUUCGGAUCGGGUUUUAAACAUUAGCCAAGUGUCGGAUUAUAAACGUCCAAUCCGAUCCGAUGAACACCUCUAGUUGGUACAUGGUAGCGUUCCUCUGUUAGGUUAAAUGUGACGUCUACAAAGUUGACAGAUUGGUGGUUUACCUGGACCAUGAUCUUCAAGUUGAAAUGUUCGAAUAGUAUAUCUAAUUUCUUUCGUACUUUUUCUGCAAUACGUCCGCUCUUUCCUUUGAUCAAAACAAUAGUCCGUCAUCUCGUUUAUUAAACUAUUACAUUAAAAUUUAAUAUAUAGUAUAGCUAAAAUAGUCCAAGUUGGAUCUGAUAAUUUAUCAACUUAUUUUGCAAAGCAAGUUCUAAUAAAUUUACGAUUAUUUUCCAGGUGUAUACAGCUUGCAUUCGCCUGGAAUGAUAGCAUUAUCAGUUAUUAUUUUGAUAAUAUGUGCAUUUCACUAUAUAAAAGAACUACUUCAG